AUGAAGGGAUUUCAGAACUUUAAACCAUCCCACCCUCACUGCAGCAAGAGGUUUCUGCCUGCUCAUGCAGACAUUCCUGCUACUCCUUCCUGCUGUUACUGCUGCUUGCUAUUGCUGCUACUGGAGGUGGUGACGUUCAAGGAUGUGUCUGUGGACUUCACGCGGGAGGAGUGGCGCCUCUUGUCCCCUCCCCAGAAGGAGCUGUACAAGGAGGUGAUGCUGGAGAAUGCCCAGAACCUGCUCUCUGUGGGGAGGAGCUGGCAGGAUGAGACUGUUGGACUCCAUUUCCUAUCAAAUUCAAGUCUUGCACUACAUCAGAGAAUCCACACUGGGGAGAAACCUUAUGAAUGCAAGCAGUGUGGAAAGGCAUUCAGUUGCAGCUCCAAUCUUGCUGUACAUCAGAGAGUCCACACUGGGGAGAAACCUUAUGAGUGCAAGCAGUGUGGAAAGGCAUUCAGUCAGAGCUCCAGUCUUGCACUACAUCAAAGAAUCCACAGUGGGCAGAAAUUUUAUGAGUGCAAGGAGUGUGGGAAGACAUUCAGUUGCAGCUCCAAUCUUGGUGUACAUCAGAGAAUCCACAGUGGGCAAAAAUCUUAUGAGUGCAAGGAGUGUGGGAAGACAUUCAGUUGUAGCUCCAAUCUUGUUGUACAUAAGAGAAUCCACACUGGGGUGAAACCUUAUGAAUGUAAACAGUGUGGAAAUGCAUUCAGUCGUAGCAAUGCUCUUGCUAUACAUCAGAUUAUCCACACUGGGGAGAAACCUUAUGAUUGCAAGCAGUGUGGAAAGACAUUUAGUCGGAGUUCCAGUCUUGCUCUACAUCUGAGAACCCACACUGGGGAGAAACCAUAUGGAUGUAAUCAAUGUGGAAAGACAUUUAGUAAGAGCUCUAGUCUUGCUGUACAUCAUAGAAUCCACACUGGGGAGAAACCUUAUGAAUGCAAGCAGUGUGGAAAGACAUUCAGUUCGAGCUCCAGUCUUGCUCUACAUCAGAGAAUCCACACUGGGGAAAAACCAUAUGGAUGUAAUCAAUGUGGAAAGACAUUUAGUAAAAGCUCUAAUCUUGCUGUACAUCAGAGAAUCCACACUGGGGAGAAACCUUAUGAAUGUAAUCAAUGUGGAAAGGCAUUCAGUGAAAGCUCUAGUCUUGCCCUACAUCAGAGAAUCCACACUGGGGAGAAGCCAUAUGGAUGUAAUCAAUGUGGAAAGACAUUUAGUAAGAGCUCUAAUCUUGCUGUACAUCAGAGAAUCCACACUGGGGAGAAACCUUAUGAAUGUAAUAAAUGUGGAAAGGCAUUCAGUGAGAGCUCUAGUCUUGCUGUACAUCAUAGAAUCCACACUGGGGAGAAGCCUUAUGAAUGCAAGCAGUGUGGAAAAACAUUCAGUUCGAGCUCAGCUCUUGCUGUACAUCAGAGAAUCCACACUGGGGAGAAGCCUUAUGAAUGCAAGCAGUGUGGAAAAACAUUCAGUUCGAGUUCUGCUCUUGCUGUACAUCAGAGAAUCCACACUGGGGAGAAACCUUAUGAAUGCAAGCAGUGUGGAAAGACAUUCAGUCAGACAUCCCAUCUAAGUCUACAUCAAAGAAUCCACACUGGGGAGAAACCUUAUGAAUGCAAUCAGUGUGGAAAGGCAUUCACAAAUAAUUCCAACUUUGCUGUACAUCAGAGAAUCCACACUGUGGAGGAACUUUAA